AGUUUCACUUCAACCCUGUGGGUCUUGCAAACAGAAAAAAGAAUGUUCGAAAUGCUAAAGCUACUUAUAUUUUUGUGCAGUGCUUUGUCAAUUUCAGAAUGUGUUAAAAAUAGAAAUAAAACAUACAGAAUUGUCGGUGGCCAUGUAGUAGACAUUGAAUUGCAUCCGUACCAAGUGUCUGUACGUGAAUUGAACGAGCACAUUUGUGGUGGAUCGAUAAUUACCAAUCGAUGGGUAUUAACAGCAGGUCAUUGCGUAGAUGAUACCAUAGCUGCUUACAUGAACGUGCGUGUUGGAUCUGCGUUUUACGCAAAAGGUGGAACGAUACAUCCUGUGGACUCAGUGACCACACAUCCAGACCAUGUUCCGUAUAGCUGGUUAGCGGACUUUGCUUUGCUGCAUUUGAAACAUGCGAUAGUAUUUUCUACAAUCGCACAACCGAUCGCUCUAGCCUUUCGCCUGGAUAAUGCUUUGAGCGAUCGAGAAUGUGUUGUCACCGGCUGGGGACGCACUCUAAACGAAGAAGAAAGCUUUGAUAAGCUACGGGCGGUCCAGAUCCCGUUGGUUUCGCGAGUACUGUGUAAUGCUACAUACGAAGGAAAGAUCGAUCAAACUAUGAUAUGUGCGGGUGACUUUGUUGAUGGCGGCAAAGGCAGUUGUGCGUAUGAUUCUGGAGGCCCACUGGUCUGUGGCGAUAUGCAAGUUGGAAUCGUGUCCUGGGGUAAAGGGUGUGCGAUGCCCGGAUAUCCGGAUGUAUAUAGUAGUGUUUUAUACGCAAGAGCGUGGAUCAACAGCAUAGUACACAAUUCCAUUGAAUGAAUCAAUCUGUUUUUAGUUUCUUAAUUUGCUACUGUUUCAUUAGCUUUUGUUUUGUGGCAAUUUAUGUUUUGUUGUAUCCACAGUUUGGCUUAACGUAGAAUGAGAACAUUUUCAUCCACGUAUAGAGCGAAGUGUGAUUCAAAAUCUUAUUAGAACUUUUUUUUCUUAGAGAUUUUAAAGAUUUCACGUGAUUUUUAUGUAUCCAGAAGGAAUGGCCUGGCCGGCAAUGGCUAUCGAACGUGAUAUUUAUAUUGUGAAAGUGUAACAUGAAUACAAAUAUUUAGAUCAAACUUAGAAAAUACACGGUUUGAAGAAUUUUGAUGAGCGGAUUUGAUUUUUAGUUUAUUAUCGGUAUCGUUUAGUGGUCGUUAAAACAAAACAGUCGUAAAAAUGGCUUAAAAUGUAGUUUUAACUUGACACAAAUUUAAGGUCAAUUUGGAAACAUAAAUGGCUUAUUGUAAGCAUGAGUAAAUUAAUCCUCUUUCUGGAAAAAACAACUCUAAUAUCGUCUAAAAUUAGCCUUGAUUAUCCGCUAAAUUAAGAACCCUAGUUAGCAUAUAAUACUGCCAAUGGUACAAGUGACAGCAGAGAUGACAUGCAAAUUUGGUCGCGCGAUGCCCGUCAUGCCAGGAUAGCGAAAAGCCCUUAAACGGCUAAUAGCAAACGAGGAUAAACGCUACCAAAAUAGCUUCGGCACAUGAGACCGGAAGCUGCGUUCUAUUCGAUUGCAUUCCGAAGGGUGGUUGUCAGUGUUGUCUGGUCGGUUGAUUUUUCGAAUCAUGCAACCAAACUCGGCCCUUCCGGUCGUUUGCGUUUAAUGUUUCAACCGUCAUGUUCUGUCGCGUAUUGUGUUGUUGCGUGUUCGACAACAUCAUUCGGGUCAGUUUCGUGUUUUGUCAUGUCAAGCGAUCGGAAACACGCAUUGGUAGUGUCGUGGACUAGUUCGCUACCAAAACUGAAAUACGAUACCAAUACUAUCAAUAUCGGGGAAUAAUAGAACAAACAAACAUUUCUAUAAAUAAGCAUUUGCUUUUUUGAUAAUAUAAAAUAUUGUGUUGAACUGA